AUUCAAGGCACUAUUCUUACAUAACAAAACCCUAACUUUCUGUCUAAAAAGUUGAUAAAAUCAGCACAUAGAACUUCCUAUUUCCAUCAUCAAAUUACGUUUCCCUAAUUUGAAGAACAUAUAAGAAGAGUUGGAGAACAAUUUUGCGAGGAAAUUAAUCUUUUUGGAAGAGACCAGAAAGUCGGAUCUUCCAAAAUUUUAAGGUUAGUCAGAUGUAAUUUUAAUACCAUUUUUAAGAUUGAAAACUUGAAUCUUCCGCACAUUUGAGGGAUAAUUUACAAUACAUAUUUAGUUUUAUAAAUUUUUCGACAUUGUUAAGCUCAAAAAAGUUUCACAUUUUGAAGUUUAGUUGUACCAACUAAAUCCGCCAUUGAUACGCCAUUGUUUUGCACUAGUGGCUUUGUGGGUUCUAUUAUGUUGAAGCAGUCAUUGAAAUUGACAAUGUUUUAGUUAACAAUUUUGAUAUCAAAUUGUUGCAUUUGAGCACAUUUUGGUGUAUUAUGCAAUAAUCCUAUUGCUUGUGUAUGUUGUAUUCUCAUUCAUCGGUUGUUUCGAACGGGCGGUUUGUAUUUCAGAUUGAGGCAUGUAUUUCUAGAAAUUGAGAACAAGAAUUUAGCAAUAUUAGAGUGCAACAAAAUCAGUUGGGUGAAAUUAGUAAGAGCAUUAUAAAAUAGGGGGAAAUUGAUGUUUCAUACUUUGGUUACUUCUUUGAAAGAGUUUAUUAGUCAGGGUGAUCUCAGGAAAGCGUUUAGAACGUUCUCGUCAAUUCAGAUUUAUGUCGCUACUUCUGCUUCGUAUGAUCAAAUCCUUGAGCCGAUAGCUUUGCUGUUAGUAGCUUGUUCUAAGUUCAAGUUGGUUCAACAUGGUAGGCAGGUCCAUAGUCGGAUCAUUAGUUUAGGUUUAGAUCAACAUAGGUACUUGUUGCCAAAGCUUGUUACUUUAUACUCGAGUUUUGGUCUAUUGACUGAGGCACAUUUGAUAGUUGAGAAAUCUAGUGUUCUACAUCCUUUGGUUUGGAAUACCCUUAUAGCUGCCUAUGUAAGAAAUGGGCUCUCAAAGGAGGCUUUGUGUGCUUACAGACAGAUGUUGGAUUUUGGAAUCAGACCAGAUGCAUAUACGUACCCGUCUGUGCUUAAGGCAUGUGGUGAACAGUUAGAUCUUCGUUUUGGUAGAGAAGUUCAUGGUUACAUCUUGGUCAGUGAAUAUGGAGGGUCUCUGUGUGUUCAAAAUGCAUUGAUCUCUAUGUAUGGUAAAUGUGGAGAAAUUGAGGUUGCUCGUUUGUUGUUUGACAAGCUGCUUAGAAAGGAUGUAUAUUCAUGGAACUCUAUGAUUUCUGGAUUUGCUUCUAAGGGUAUGUGGGAAGAAGCAUUUGUGAUGUUUGAGCAAAUGCGGCUUGAGGGUGUUGAAUUGAGUAUUAUAACAUGGAACACCAUCAUAGGUGGGUGUUUGCGAACUGGAAACUACAUGAGAGCACUUGAUCUGCUUUCUCAAAUGAGGGCCUGUGCUGUUAAUUUGGAUGCUGUUUCAAUGGCAAGUGGUUUGAGCGCUUGCUCUCACAUUAGAGCUAUAAAAGCAGGGAAAGAGAUCCAUGCUUCUACUAUCCGUGGGGGUUGUGUUAAAUUUGAGAAUGUUCAGAAUGCUUUGAUUACCUUGUAUGCCUGGUGUGAAGACCACAGACAUGCACAUAUUGUGUUUCGAAAGAUGGAAGAAAAGGAUAUAGUUUCUUGGAAUUCAAUAAUAUCAGGCUAUGCACAUUAUGGAAUAUAUGAGGAAACUUCCUUUCUCUUUAGAGAGAUGUUGCUUUGUGGCUUUAAACCGAAUUAUGUUACUAUAGCAAGCAUUCUUCCCCUGUGUGCCCGAGUAGCUAAUCUGCAACAUGGCAAAGAAAUUCAUGGCUAUAUUGUCAAGCAUCAAGGUUUCAGUGAGUAUUUGCUAUUAUGGAAUGCACUGGUGGAGAUGUAUGCAAGAGCAGCAAAACUUUCAGAGGCCAAAACAGUGUUUGAUUUGUUGACUAGGAAGGAUGUCGUCACAUAUACUUCUCUAAUAUCUGGCUAUGGAAUUCUAGGAGAAGGAGAAGUUGCAUUGAGACUAUUUGAGGAGAUGAAUAGUUCUGGAAUCAAACCUGAUCAUAUAACUUUUGUUGCAGUUUUAUCAGCAUGUAGCCACUCAGGUCUUUUGAAACAGGGUCACUUGCUCUUUGAAAAAAUGUGGAGUUUGUAUGGCCUAAACCCUUGCAUGGAGCACUAUGCAUGCAUGGUGGACCUUUUUGGUAGGGCUGGGUUGUUUAAGAAAGCAAAAGAGAUCAUAAGAAGGAUGCCUUGUGAACCAAGUGCUGAUAUGUGGGCUACUCUAGUUGGAGCAUGUCAAAUCCAUCGGCACAUAGAUUUAGGAGAGUGGGCAGCUGAGAAAUUAAUGGCAUUGAGACCCAGGAAUUCAGGGUAUUAUGUGUUGAUUGCUAAUAUGUAUGCUGCUGCUGGUUGUUGGGACAAGCUGGCUAGAGUUCGGACAUUUAUGAGGGACUUGGGAUUGCUUAAGCCCCCAGGUUGUGCCUGGGUUGAUAUAGGAAGUGGUUUUGAACCAUUUCUGGUGGGGGAUCCAUCCAUGGAACUAUCACAUGAUAUAUUCCCCUUACUGGAAGGACUGACUGAGAAUAUGAAAGAUGCUGGAUAUGUUGCUGAGUAUGUUAUAGAUUGUGAGGGUUUUGAGGAGCAAAGUGUUAUUAGUGGCUAAGAAUUGGCAAAUCAUGUAUGGAAAAUGGAUCUAUAUGUUGCACAAGCUGGGGAAACACAUAUAUUGUGACAUUGUUGCGGACCGAUUAAGAUGGGAUUCAGCAUCUUUAUGAGCCACUGCACAAAGUUUAUUACAUGUUCCACCAGAGAUGAGUUGGUGCGAGCUCUUGCAUCCCUUCUUUGACAGGUUCGUGAACUUCCUAGAUUUGAAGAGUAGAUAAUUACUGUCAUUCUCUCUGUGAAGCAUCAAUGAAUUUUGCAGCUGUACUUUGGACUUGAGCAUAUUGAUUGCCUCCUUUCACUACAUUGCUCUAUCCACCCUUCCUUGCAAAAUCCCCCUCCCAAGAAGUAUAGAGAGUUAAAAGGGUGGCAUCUUCAGCAACCUUUUCAUUGCCGUAAGACUUAGAACAGUGCCAAGCCGCCAACACCAUAGUUCUUUCUGCUAUUUGCUGCUGCAGGGAUAGGUCCCUAAUCUGGUCCUGUGCUGCAACAUAAACAACAUGCAAGAUCAGAUGCUUCCAAGGGAAAUUUUCUUCCAUUACCCAUUCGGGCAGUAGAAUAUGCCUGAUCUCACUCCUCAACACAGUAAUGUCUUGGAGAGCUAAUAUUUCCUGGUGGAUGUCCUUGAGUAUUACAAUAUUGGCCAAGGUUUGUCAAUGCACAUUGCAAGUGACCUUGAGUUGUGAAUGUGAAUUAUGUUUCCCCCUAUAAUCCCCUGUGACAGUGAUGGUAACAUUGACUUGUUGACGCUUGAUGUCCGAGCUCAACAAAAAGGCAGUCAAGUCCUGGACCAUAGUUACGGAGUCCAUGUUUAUGGUGACGGGUACCCAGCUCUCAGGAGUACCUUUAGCACAAACAAGGAAACCGGGACAAAAGGAUUUGAUGUUGGCGGAAGCAAUGAGGAAGUUGCGGUAGUAGAUGGAGAUGUUGGCGUCCUGGUAAAGGGUGCCUUGGCUAGGAUUGCCAAUUCACAAAGAGAGGUUGAAGCCAACGCUAAGGGUGUACGGAGUUUGAGUAAUAGUAGUAGCAUUUUGGUUAUUUUUAAGGGUGAAGGGAAUUGUUGUAUUAAGUGAUGAGACUUGGAAUUCUGGGGAGUGUGGUGAUAUGUCAAUGGGUAUAAAGAUUGCUAUUAACACUACUGCAGCAAUAAAGCCUACACACAUUGUAUUUGAGAAGGACUCGGAUUAUUUUGCGGAAUAUAUGCUCUAUUAUAUCCUUCAUCAACCAAUUGAUUGAAACAUGUAACAAGUACGUACAUGUCUAAGAUUUACCACGACCAACAAGAGUUCUACUCCUUAUGAGUUAUGACCUUAUCACACGAAUACUCCGAAUAUGGUAAUUAAGAUAUGCUAGGAUAUAUAAACAUCUAGAUGCGUAAAAAUUCCUUGUAUUAUCUUGAUUUUACUUGAGACGAGAGAAAUGUCUAGACACAAGCUCCACCAUGUUCUUGUUCGACGAUGCGAGCUCAAUCUUAGUCGAUUGUAACUCAGUUACAACUGAAAAAACUUGAUCCUGAAUACUUUGAAGUUUUUCUUUCAUGUCUUCAUUUUCCAUCCUUGAAUUGAAAAGUUGGUGUUGUACCAUAUGUAAUUCCAUUUCUACGUUUCGAUAA